UUCAGCAGUUGAAGAGGAGACGGCGCGUCUUCAGGAGUUCUUUAAUUAAACACCAGCAUGGCUUCAGGAAAACCAAAUCACUUUUGGUCGGACGAGGAGACCCGUUUCAUGCUACGGCAGAUACAGGAGCUAAACAUUUUAAAUUUUAUGGAUGGGCGCAAGAGUAGAAACGCGAACCUUUUUAAAAAGAUCGCUAAAGAGAUGGGAGACGCGCGAUUCUUCAGGACAACGGAGCAGAUCAAGAUAAAGUGGAAGAAUAUAAGGAAGUCGUACGUUGCCGCCAAACACAGCAAAACAACCACAGGUGCAUAUGAUCCGGUCAUCUGUCCUUACUUCAGGAUUCUGGAUGAACAGCUGGGGAGUCCACGUUUGUCCCAAGUCGUAAAACAAGAGGAGGAGGAUGUGGAUUGGGAGCCAUCCGACCAAGAAGCAGCAACAGAGAUGAGCCAUGAUGAUUCAACAGGCAGCACAACACAGCGAGGCUUGGAUGAGGCUUGUAAGGUUGAAGAGACCUCCAGGAGCAGCUCCCCGCUGCAGAGGAACUCUGAGUUACCAGAGACGAGUGUCCAGACUCAGAGACCUCGUCGGAGGCGGCGGGGGCAGACAGACGAUGUCGCUCUGCUGUGUGAGCAGAUUGCUGAGUCGAGGGAUUUCUGGAGACAUCAGCUUAGAGAGAGUGAUGAGCGACAGGAGCGGUUGCUGACCACACUGAUGGAGGGAACAACCAACAUGUUUGGAGAACUUCUGGAGUCAAUCAGGAGUCUGAGGCCUCCGGCCCCCACAUCCCCCCCACAACCCAUGAACUCCCCCCCACAACCCAUGAACUCCCCCCCACAACCAGACGCCCCCCCAGCCCCGUCCACCCCCUCACGGCCAGUGACCUCCGACCCUCCAAACUGGUUACAGUGGUUACAGCACCACCAAGUGUCACAGAGUCAGCCGGGAUCUGGACAUUUAUCCCAUCUCUGAACAGCAUGUAAACGUACUGAGUGACAUCAGACAUACCUUUUCUGAAGAGUGGCUUUGAAGUCUUUAUUUUCAAAGCUUUGGUUGACAGUUGGAGCUGACGGCUAACUUUGAGUGGUGAAUCCAAAAGCUGACAGAGGGAACAAGUACACUUACCGUAAACAUGGUUAAGUUUUGUAGAUAGGAUUUUUCUAGCUAAACUUACCUUGAUAGAUGGUGUCGUGAAGUAACUCUGACAUUGUUAACUGUCUUCGCUGAUUUGAAUGUUGGUGACUAUUCUACGAUGAUAUUUUAUCCUUUCGAUGUUAAAUUACUUGGUUAGAAUAUAUAGAGAGAACUAAAAUGAUGGAAACUGGGGCGUCUACUGUGUUUAGCCUACAAGUCUGUAAACGGGAGGAUGCGGAUUAGUCUACAUAAUAAACACUUUCCUUUUCACUCGAUUUUUAUAUAUACAUGAUGUGGCAGGACAUGUUUGUGAAGUUUAGAAAACAAAGAAGUAUCCAGCUCUUUUAACCAAGUUUGUGAAAUCACUGUCCAGUGUUUCAUUAAACUGGAUAUACGUCACGUGACUGAUGAGCAGUGACCAGGAAAGAAUAAAGACAAGAGGAAAAACAACCGUUGAAAUAUAUUAAAUCUUUAUUGAUUACUCGCUCACAUACAUCCACACUGGCUUGUUGUACAAUUGU